UCGCGCCCCUGUAUGUUGCUUUGCAUAAAAUUAAACGAUAUACAGCACAAUAACGAAUUCAUAGAUAAAAUAAAACGUACACAAGCCUGUAUUGAACCGAAAACAUGCACUAAUUUGAUGGAGCUGCACUGCUCUCUCAUGAAGAGGGCGCAAAAAGCCCGUGAAAAAAUAACCCAACCCCUAAGUUAUGUCUGACCCAGGAGCUGGGUAACACAAAAACUACCCAAACACUGAAAAAAUAACCCCCAAAAAAUGAUCCAAAAAGGCUCAACCCAGGACUUGGGUAGAAGAAAUAACCCAAGAUUUUUUAGAGUGUAGUAGCCUACUAUAUCUUUUAGUUACUAGUGCCGGCUAAAGGAGUUUUGCAGAUAGAACUAUUCCAAUCUUAUGACUCACUCUUUUUGUUUUCUGAACUGAGACUUAUCAGAUCACAGAACUCCCUCGACUGGUAGUUAAACAUUGCAGGGGAAGAUGAAGUGAAGGGAAAGGAGUGACUCCUAGUGACUCUAGUGUCCUCUACUGGCCUCACAGCUACAUUAGACCACUAAUAUACCUCCCAUAGUGUAUAAAAAUACUAAAAUAACACUUUUGAAACUUCCAUCAGAGAAUCUAAGCAGCACAAUUCCCUUUAGAUCAGAAUCUGAUCACCAUGCAUCAGAGUUCUUGGGUGAAACACCGUUGGAUGAGAAUCAUGAGAUCUUUAAUGGGAAUCUGAGACAAGCGUCUCUCUGAUAAGGUCAUGAUUCUGGUAUCUGUCUGGGAAUGGAGGAUCAUCUCAUUAUUAUUGACUCACUGCUUUCACAGACAAAGUGGAAUUUCACUGGAACAUCUUUGAACCAUCAGUUUUAAGAAUGAUUUAAUUUAUUUAAUGAAUGCAAAGAAGUUUCUUCUGCUCACCUAGGCUGCACUUAUUUCAUAAAAAUACAGUGAAAGAUUAUGAUUUCCCUUUUUUAACUUUUUAAAGUUCAAUGCAAAGGGAGAUAUUUUCUUUUAAAGAAUUCUCUGGUAGGGACUACAGCGAGCUUCUUCCCGGGUUAGUGACAUCACAAACCCCAAAAUUUACAUAAACCCGCCCCCGAGAACACGCAACAAAGGGGGUGAGGCCAUGUUGGGCUGCUUUAGAGAAGAUGAAGAGUUGUUGUAGUAGAGUGUUGCUGUCAUGCCGUCAUUUUACGCCGGACUGCUUCACAAAUGAGGGUCAAUUUAACACUAAAGAUUAACAUGACGGCACAUGCUAGUCAAUGAGUUGAAUCAACUCCACAGCAACUACAUAAAUUUAUCCACUAACCAUUCAGAAACGUCCAGUUUCAGUCUCUCCAUCAGUGUCGACUCCGGUUUGAACAAUGUAAGGCUGAACACCGUUACUGACAAUCCUCAUUUUGGCUGCGUGAGAUUCUCCAGUUUUGUUGUUGUUGAGCGACCGAAGUGUGAGCUGUUAAAGCCCCGCCCUCUACUAGAAAGGGGGCGGGAAGCAGCAGCUCAUUUGCAUUUAAAGGGACACACACAAAAACAGCGUGUUUUUGCUCACACCCAAAUAGGGGCAAAUUUGACAAGCUAUAAUAAAUGAUCUAAUGAUAUAGCAAUCUUUUGUAACAUUACGAAUGCCACUUUUGAUUAAUGCAGCUGUUAACUGUCACUUUAUUGCCUUUCUUCCCUAUCACAUAUUUUAGUAAUCAUCAUAAAUUAUUCAAAAGCUUAAAAUUCAUCCUUUUGAAAUUGGACGUUGCAUUACAAUGGAAACAGUACUUUGAAACAUUUUAGAGGGCUCAAUUUUUGUGAUAUAAACUUCAAAUUUGGAACACGACUAUGGCUUUUAAACUCCAAAUAAUUUUGUAAAAUAUAUAUUUCGUAUAAAAUAAAAAAAUGUUUAGUUCAGUACAUUUGCUUUACAGUAAACUUAAACUUCUAUAACUUUCCCAGCUAACAAAAAUAUGUUCUAAGAACAUUUUGCUAACAUUCAUCAAGUUAUAAAACAUUUAAAACAUUUAUAUUAUAAUCAUUUUUCCUUGGUUAUGUUAACAUUAAAGGAACGUUUCAUUUUAUUAUUAUUAUGCAAACGUUAUUGAAUUGUUACUUUUGAAUGGAUAGUAAAACUUUUCAGGAAAAAAAAAAAAAAAAAAAAAACAUUCCAUGAUAUAGAUAAUGUUUUUGAUAACAUUAUUAAAGACCAGACAACUUGAACAAACAUUCUAUUAAUGUUACUGGAAGAACGUUUGUUCAUAACCUUGCCAGAACGUUCCGAGAACACAGUGAGCAAAUUGCAGCAUGGACCACAGUUCCCAGAAUGCACCUGCUCGCAGUGAUGAUGCUGAUGGAGUGUCUUCGCAGCAUCACGCGCUCGCAGUGCUGGAGAAGGAGAUGUGAUGGGUCUGCUGAAGUCAUGUUUCCCGGUGUCCUGUACGCGCUUCUGGCGGGAUUUCUCGGCGCCGUCGCGUCCUCGUCCGCCAAACUGUCUCUCGGCACCGACUAUCUGAAGGGCGUGUGUGAGACGGGACUGCGGACGUGGGGCGAGCAGAGAAAAUUCACGCAGCACAACGACACGAGCGCGUGCGACUGGCUGCACAUCCCUCUCAGACUGCUGUGUGGAGGUCUGCUGUUCACCUGUAACGCUGUGAUGUGGACCUUCCUGGCCAAAGCGCUGCGGAGCUCGUGCUCGUCCGCGCGCACCACUGUGACCACCACCGCCUCCAACUUCAUCUCCUCUGCAUUUCUGGGGCAGCUAAUAUUCGGGGAGACCCACAUGGCCCUGUGGUGGGUGGGAAUCUCUCUGACCCUCUCUGGUCUCCUGGUGCUUCAUCACACGUCGCCCAACCUCACGCAGUCACACGCCAGCAAGAGAGAGUGACCUGCGCUGACGUGCACGCUCACGGUGUGACCAAUGACACGGCUGCCUUCAUUGUGUUCAGAAACAUAUCAGAAACAGCAGCUUACACACUGACAUCAACACUAGUCUCACUCGCUGUGGGUCCAACUGCUCUAAGACACACGAACCGUCUUAACAAGUCUUUAUUUUCUUUCGCUUCACUGCGCUAGAGUUGCUCUGACUAUAUGAGCAGCCUUAUCUCACGUGGAAAAUCUACUGUCAUGCCAAAGAUCCAUCUAAAAAUUAAAAACAUUUAUUUAUAUGUAUUAUUAUUUAAUAUUAAAAUAUUAAAAAUCCAUAAAAAGUAUUAAAGACAACCGAUGCAUGAACCUACAUCACUGUUAAUGUGAUAAUGAAUCUCUGACAUGUCAGGAUCAUAUUUCACCUCAAAAUCAAGUGAAAAAAGAAUAAAUGUUUUGAAUAAAGAGGAUGAAGGCUGUUUUUAGCUAAUAAUAAAUAGCUAAAAAAUGAGCACUUUUGGGUGAAAUAUUUAUGGUAACACUUUACAAUAAGGUCUCAUUUCACAACAUAAUGGGUUAAAUAACAUGAACUAACAAUGAUUUUACAGCAUUUAUUAAAGGCACAAAAUGUAAGAUUUUUGGAUUAAAAUAUCCAAAAACCACUAGAACAAUGUUUUAUAUUUUUUGUUGACUUGUGUACUUACAUUAUCCCAAAUGUUUCCAAGAAUGUUUAAAUCCAGAGAAAUCAGCAAGUUUAACCAGGACACGGACCGUGUCUGUCCGUUGCCUAUCUGGAUACCUAUUGGAUACAUUCAGCAACAGAAAACUAAUCAUGCUAUAUAGCUCAACACAGUAAGUCUUAGGGCCCUAUCAUACACCCGGUGCAAUACGACGCCAGGCGCGACGCAAGUGUUUUUUGCCAGUUUCAGCCCAACGCAGUUAUCAUUUUCACGUCCUGCGCCAUGUUGUUUAAAUAGCAAAUGCAUAUGCACCCAUCUGUUCACUCAUGGAUGUGCUGAUCUGAAAACGAGGUGUGUUCAGGUGCAUUGUUGGCGUGUUGCUAUUUUGAGGCAACUGAAAACGACUGCGACCAACUGAAACCUGCUCUAAAGUCAACGACACAGUUUUUUUUUUAUUAUUUAAAGAGCGCGUUAGUAAUAUGCGCCUGUAGGCGGGUGCACAACACAUAUACACUGCUUAUUACACACACAGGGACGCGCAGCAGCACACAAACAUGCCAAAUAUUAAAAAUAAAAGGAUUACAACGCUUUAACCUCGUGCACGAGCAGAUCUGUUUCCUCACUAGAGAAUCGUUUAAUCUUUCCACUUGCAAAUUCCGCCAUGUAUAUAGCAAAUCCGCAAUGGUGCAAGUGCUUUUAAAGGGAAUGGGAGAUGAGACUCUGAUUGGUUUAUUGCACAUAACGCCCAAAACACACCCAUGACUCAUUAAGAGAAUAGGUACAACCCUUUUGGAUCAUGCGUCAUUAAACUAGCAAAAGAGUAUUCGGACACGGCCUAAGUGUACCUGCACAAUGCGCUUAGGUCGUUAAAAUAGGGCCUCUUAUUAUUUAAAUCUCAUUUUCUUGAUUUACCGCCAGUACCAUGUUUUACCAUGCCUAAUAUCGAACUAGCUUACUGCAGUGUGCAACAAGUGUCUCAUAGCAGCCGGCGAGCGAACGCACAGAGUAGCACUAUAGCAACUUUAAACACACAAAUGUAUCUAAUAUGAUAAACAGCGCUGCUUACCCCACAUAGAGACAGAGCGCAUUUAGGCCAUGCCCACACCGGGGGGGGGGGGGGGGGGCAAUCCAACCGUCUUCAUUGACUUUGUAUUGCGUGAGUCAAUGAAGACGGUUGUAUUGCAUGCCUCCUUGUCAUUUCUGACUUAUAACAAAAAACAGAACAAUGUCUUAAAGCUGCUGUGUGACAAGGUGUACAGCAAACAAGCUAAAAAACCCAGAACUAGGUUUUUAUAAGCUACCGAACCGUAAAGGUCAGCCUUUAAGGAGACAAAAGUGGAUACAGGCAAUAAGACGUGAAGCAUCAGCAGGAAGAAUGGGUAAAUUUUGGGAUCCUGACACUCAGUAAGUCUACGUGUGCAGUAAACAUUUUAUCACUGUUAAGUCAAAUAUCCAAAUGUCAGUUUUAUAUAUUAUAUUAUAUUAUAUAAUAAUAUAUAAUAUAAUUUAUAUAUUAUAUUAUUUCCUGUCGCUGAUUAUGUUCCCCUCCAGUGGGCGUAGUUCUCAUAGUAAUAUGACAUGUCGCACUCUGUCUCAAUCGCCUGUAUCCAUUUUUUAGUCCUUAAACGCUCGUUUUUUGGGUCGACAGCUUAUAAAAACUUCUGGGUUUUUGGUUCUGUUUUUUUUUAGCUUGUUUUCUGUACACCUUGUCACACAGCAGCUUUUAGACAUUGUUCUGUUUUUUAUGUUAUAAGUCAGAAAUGACAAGGAGGCAGCCUCACGCAAUACAAAGUCAACGGAGACGGUUGGAUUGUUUCCCCCCUGGUGGGCGUGGUUUUCAGAUUAUGACGCGUGUCGCUCUGUCUCUAUACACUUGACCGGACGAAGCGGAAGCGCUCAUCUGCGGCAUAAUAAAAGCUUCACUGCUCUCGAGACGUGUGUAAUGCUCGUCUCUCAUUAGCAAUCGCUCCAGCGGCCUCGUUCCACUCCAACACCCUGCUUCAUACUACAGUAAUGUUAAUAAACCUGUAAUACAUUAGUUCAUCCAUAAAUAUGAUUUCUGCUUGAGUCCCGUCGGAUUAUUUUCCACCGGCUGUAGACGUGAAGACAAUGAUUCCGCGAAAUCAAUCAAGCUACACCUUUGUUUUGAAUAAGCGACCUCUAGUGGCGAAACAUUACAUAUUGUGCCUUUAACCUUUUCAUUGUGUGUUCAUGUUAAUUCACAGUGCUUUAAUUACCAUAGUGAAUCAGGGUAGGACAAAAACACGUUUUGGAAGAAGGUUUAAUGAUGUAUUUUAAACCAAAAAACUUUUUGAUUUUAAAAAUAUGUUAGUAAAUAUUGAAAUUAACAUGAACUAAAAUUGAUACUCUAGAAGUAUUGUUAUUGUUAGUUGUAGUUUACUCAUGUUAACAAAUGAAACUUUAUUGUAAAGUGUUACCAUAUUUAUUUAAUGCUAAAUAUAGUUUCUUUUGAAAUAUGAGCUGAACAUGAACGUUUUCAUGAGAUUCUUCUGGUAAGAAAAAAAUUAUAUUCCCCCCCAUUGCUCCAAAAUCAAAAAGAUGGCAAUUGAUUUGACAAAUGCCAUAAAUUUAAUUUAAAACUAGUUUUUAGACCUACAUUUCAAAUUUCAGUUCAAUCUGGCUAUGUUCAUGUCAUGUCAUGUGAGUUUUGCAGGGUCUCACUGUCGUUCCCCGCAGUCAUUCUCUCCAUCACCCUACAGCACUGUGAGCGCCGCGUGUGGCAAUAAUAACAGCAGACCUCUCCAAACGUUGGCAUUGUACAUUCUUCAACAGAAGAUGCUUUUCCGAUAUAUGCCACUUAUCUUAUGCAUGCAAACAUCCAGUGAUGUGAGAGCAAAGACACUUUCUGUAGCUGCGUGAACGAACACCAACCAAAACCUGUUCUUCAGCCCCUUCUUCAAACACACAGAAACUUACCGGGAUGAUGCAAUGCUGGAAAACAACUAGUCAUACUUGCUAUUUGAUCAAGUGAAGCAAGAUUAUUGACUUUCCUUGGCAUAACAUGCACAAUGAGAUCAGUAGCAUGUAUUAAGAAAGCAAAUCGAGUCCAAACCACCUAGAUCAGCUAGAAACCACCUUAAGCUGGUUUAUGUGGAUCUUCCAGGGCACUUAAGCAGUUUUAGCAGAUGUGUGUCAUUAUUAGGGGACUGAAGGACCAGGUCAAGGUCUUGUACUUCCUGUGAAUUCCUCUAGUUCUUCCUGUGGUCUCGGUCGGCCGCAUGAACCCAGACACUCGUAGAGCAGCUAAACAUGGUAGAUCUUAAUCAAAUGAACAUGGACCGAAUGCGUUAUACAUGUCCAACGCUUCCUGAAGCCAACAUAAUGUGACGUCAUAAAGUCCCUGGCAAUGUGAUGCCGUUUCUGUGUUUGAUGUUGAGAACAUCCGUCCUGCUGUGUUUAAUUAUUAAUAUAUAAUUGUAAUGAGCACAUUACUUGCAAAUAAUGUUUCGUAUGGUUAUAAUUAGGGGUGUUUCUGAUGAUGAACAUUCAAUGCAUCCAUUACAUGAGUUGAAAAGGGUAUAAUCAUGGAAAAAAUACCACAUUCAAAUCAAAAUGUCUGACAAUGCAUCACUUCAUUUAGUAAGUCAAUAUUAGAAUUGAAUUGUUGUCAGAGCAAAUAAUUGACACCCCUAGUUAUAAUAAUGCUAACAGAGUAAUAAUUGUUAAUCAGUUAAUGCUGAAUCAAGGCCAAAGUGACACUAAAUGUACACUUUAAUAAUGGUUGUUACCAUAUAGCACGUAGUAUUUGAGAUGCGAAAUAUAAAUUAUUAAAGUAUGAAUAAUUUGCCUUAUAUGCGGGCAUUCCUUCUGUGUCAUUAUCAUUAACUAAUGUCAUAUUUGGCGUUAGGUACUGUAUCACUGGGGACCAAAUGAGUAAAUAUUGUGCACUGGGGCCAGUGUGUAAAUCUUUGAUAAAUGAACAUAACCAUCUUGUAAUAAUAAGAUCUGUCUGUCAUUCAUGUAGCAUACGCCGUCUGUUUGUGUUACGGUCACUGUAUACAAAUAAGGCCACAUUUAUAAAUGUGUAAAUAGUUUUAUUAUUUAAUGGACAAACUAGAGGUCUGUAAACUCAUUUAAAUGAAAUGAUACUACAAUAGUGAAUCAUUAAAAUGCUAUAAAGUGUU